AUGAGCUGGUAUACCAAGAAAGAUGUGCUUAAUGACCUUGCCCAUGCCAUGGGAGGCAGAGUGAAAGAUCUUGAGGAGCAGUACAUUUUAGUUGGGGAGCAACCCCCACCUCCUUGCAGAUCUGGUGAAGAAGAUGAUGAUGAAUUCCUGUUACGAUUAAAUGGCGCACUUGGAGAUAAGACAGCUAACGAAAAUGAAAAUGGUCCAGACUUAGCCGGUAUCCAGGAAAUGCUACGAAUGGUUGACAAGUACCAACGUUCUGACAGUGAUGAAAACAACAAAACCAGUUUUCAAGAUAAUACCUGUACUACAAUUGCAAUAAGUAAAUUAAAUCCUGACGUACCAGAAUUCGUUCCAAAGAAUAGCAUAAGUACAGAAAGUAUUAAGGUAGAGACGCAUGCAAAUGAAAUUGACGAAUUAAAUUGUAAUUAUAAUAAUAAAAUAAAGAAACUUGAAGUAUCUGGUUCAAAAGAAAAUAUAACUGAAAAAAAUGAUCCUGUUAAACUUAAAGAAAUUAGUCAAAAGCUGAAAAAUAAAAUAUCUAGUCCUUCUAAGUCAGAUUGCCUGAAAAUUAAAAGAGAAAGAAAUUUAGCAAUUUCAACGCUUUUGAAAAUUCAUUCAAGUGCUUCUGUAUUAGAUGAUAAAUCUCCUAAGUUAAUUACACCUGCAUAUUUUGAAAAGCCUUGCCCUACUGAGCCGUUGAAUGAUAAAGCCUUCCAAAAUGGCCAGAAAAAGUCUACAUCAAGUACAUCUUCAUUUUCGAAAGGAAGCAUUGAAAAUGUGGUUUUAGAUACCAAAAAUAGUAAUAUCAACCACGAAGUAGAGGAAUCUGUUGCAAAGGUAUAUAAUUGGUUAAACAAGGAUGAAAAACCGUCACCACCAGGGUCAGCAUUGUAUUUAGGUCCUGUGACCUUCAAAAAGAAGGAGAAAGUCAAGCCGAAAACUCCAGCUAACACAUCUUACAAGACUGCUGCUAAUCAAACAGUUGCCGCUACGUUUGUACCUUCAGAAUAUGCAAACAAAUUAACUCAAAGUUAUAUGGAGCGUGUCAAAGCUAAGGAGGAAAAGUCAAUGGACAUUUGGACAAAACUUGAAAAACGUUUGAAGGCUAAGGAUGAGGAAAUAAUUAAACGCCGAAGGCAAGAACAAGAACCUGCUGAAAGUUCUUCAAGAACUAAUGGAGAAAUCACAGAUUCCGAUGCUACCAAUAGACUUAGUAGUUGA